AUGCAUCCAGUGCUACAUCCGAAACCUAUCCACCUAGCCAAGCUGCCGGCGCCCAGGCACCACCCGGUAACGCAUCCGUCGGCUCGACUGAUGAUGAUCCGGUUCGAUCACGCUCGUAAGAUGACGCCCUUCCCGACGGACAACAAACGCAUCGCCGACUUGGCGUCGUUGGCGGGAACCUCUGCGACGCGCCAAAGACCGCCGCUAGGCCACCGCAGCUCUGCGGAGAGAUCCUGCCCCUCCGUCUCCAGCUGCGGCAAUGCGACCUCCCAGAGAGUCGUUGCUAAGACUGCCGCCAAAGCAACCGCCUUCAGCAGCGCCCCCGCCGACAGGCGUCGAGGAAAUGGCGCCAACAGCACCGGCGGGCUUCCGGGAGCCGCAAUGACGUCAUCGGAGGCUCUCAAACGUCGCCGGCGCCAGGCCGCCAACGCCCGCGAGAGAAGACGGAUGACCAGCCUGAACACCGCCUUUGAUCGCCUGAGGGCCACCUUGCCCUCAGGCUCCCACAAGCUCUCGAAGCGCGACACUAUCCAGAUGGCCCUCAAUUACAUCACUGAGCUGUUCCUCCUGCUGCAGAAGGACUAA